UAUAGGUUCUCUCUUGUCUUUUGUGAAGAAUUUGAAAACUUAGGCCGAGGAAUUCAAAGAGUGAAUAUACAGGCAUACGAACACAAAUAUACUUACAUAUAUAUAUAUAUGUAUAUGCAUACCAGCGCAAGUGAUUUUCGAAUCUAUUCCUCUUCCUAUUUUCUUUGGGGGUGUAACGUUGAAGCUUUCGUCUUGUGAAACUUGUAUUCUUCAAUCCCGUCUUUUCCCCGUCUGUCAUCACAAAACAACAUCUUCUUUUUGCAGAAACUUCAUCUGGGUGGGGUGUAUUUCUCUAUCUGUUCUUCAACCUCUGCCUGAGGCAACAUUUCCCAGCUUCGUCGUCCAGUUUGGGUCUCCUCUCUUGUUUCUUGGGGCUAAAACCUCAAAGGGCACUUCCAGUUUCUCUCAAAAUCUCCCCUUUCCUCUUGCGCCUUGAAUCUUUCUCUGUCUAGAAAUUUGCUGUUACUGGUUAGGUCACUGAAAGAAGUAAGAAAUGGUCUCGAGAUCGUACUCGAAUCUACUGGACCUUGCCUCCGGUGAUUCGCCGUCUUUCGGCCGCAUGAGCCGAGGGAUUCCCCGGAUCAUGACGGUCGCCGGGUUCAUGUCCAAUAUCGAUGACGACCCAGCAGAGAGUGCAAGCUCUGAUCCCUCGUCUUCCACAGCCCACAAGGACCGUUUGAUCAUAGUAGCCAAUCAGCUUCCGAUUCGGGCGCAGAAGAGAUCGGAUAAAUCCAGUACCAGCAGCAGUAACAAUGGUGGCGGUUGCAGAAACUGGAUCUUUAAUUGGGAUGAGAACUCGUUGCUUCUGCAAUUGAAAGAUGCGUUAGGAAAAGAAGACAUCGAUGUUCUUUACGUGGGUUGUCUGAAAGAUGAAAUCCAUCCUAAUGAUCAGGAAGAAGUAUCUCAAAUCCUUGUAGAGACAUUCAAAUGUGUGCCCACGUUCUUACCAACUGACCUUUAUAGCCGUUACUAUCACGGGUUCUGUAAGCAGCACCUGUGGCCUCUCUUUCAUUACAUGCUGCCUCUGUCACCGGAUCUCAGCGGGAGAUUCAACCGGAAUCAAUGGCAAGCUUAUGUCUCCGUGAACAAGAUUUUUGCCGAUAGGAUCAUGGAAGUGAUCAACCCUGAGGAUGAUUUCGUGUGGAUACACGAUUACCACCUUAUGGUAUUACCCACAUUCUUACGGAAGAGGUUCAAUAGGGUCAAGCUCGGUUUCUUCCUCCACAGCCCGUUCCCGUCUUCGGAAAUCUACAAGACUCUGCCGGUUAGAGAGGAUGUUCUCCGGGCUUUGCUCAACGCGGAUUUGAUAGGAUUCCAUACUUUUGACUAUGCCCGACAUUUCCUGUCCUGCUGUAGCCGAAUGCUCGGUCUUACUUAUGAAUCCAAGAGAGGGUACAUUGGACUCGAGUACUACGGUAGAACCGUUAGUAUCAAGAUUCUUCCGGUGGGAAUCCACAUGGGUCAGCUUCAGUCAGUGUUGAGGCUGUCAGAGACCGAAGCCAAAGUUGCCGAGCUUAUCCAACAGUAUUGUCGGAAAGGCAGAAUAAUGUUGCUUGGAGUGGACGACAUGGACAUUUUCAAAGGAAUAAGUCUGAAGCUGUUAGCUCUGGAGCAGCUCCUUAUGCAACAUCCAGAAUGGCAAGGGAAGGUUGUGUUGGUGCAGAUAGCAAAUCCUGCGAGGGGGAAAGGAAAAGAUGUAAAAGAAGUGCAGGCUGAAACACAUUCUACCGUUCGAAGAAUUAACGAGACAUUUGGAAGGCCCGGGUAUGAUCCUGUAGUAUUGAUUGAUGCCCCGCUUAAGUUCUACGAAAGGGUUGCUUAUUAUGUCGUGGCUGAAUGCUGUUUGGUAACAGCAGUUAGGGACGGAAUGAAUCUCAUACCUUAUGAAUACAUAAUCUCCCGUCAAGGGAACGAGAAAUUGGACAAGAUUCUAAGUUUGGAACCAAAUACUCACAAGAAAAGCAUGUUGGUGGUUUCUGAAUUCAUCGGUUGCUCGCCAUCGCUUAGUGGAGCCAUUCGCGUCAAUCCAUGGAAUGUCGAUGCAGUAGCCGAUGCAAUGGACACCGCCCUAGAAUUAUCUGAACCCGAAAAGCAGCUUAGACAUGAGAAACAUUAUAAAUAUGUAAGCACACAUGAUGUCGGAUACUGGGCUCGCAGUUUCCUCCAAGAUCUCGAAAGGAGUUGCGCUGACCACGGAAGAAGGAGGUGUUGGGGGAUCGGGUUUGGUCUCAGUUUCCGGGUCGUGGCACUCGAUCAAUCCUUCCGGAAGUUGUCGAUGGAACACAUAGUCUCGGCUUAUAAGAGGACAAAGACUCGGGCCAUUCUUUUGGAUUAUGAUGGCACGUUGAUGCCACAGGGUUCUAUCGAUAAAAGACCAUCUCCAAGGUCUAUCAAUAUAUUGAACACCUUGUGCAGAGACAGGAGCAACCUUGUAUUCAUAGUCAGUGCUAAAAGCCGAGAAACACUCUCUGACUGGUUUUUUCAGUGUGAGAAGCUUGCAAUUGCUGCUGAACAUGGCUACUUUCUGAGGCUGAGGAGGGAAGCAGAAUGGGAAAUGUGUGUGCCGGUGGCAGAUUGCUCUUGGAAGCAAAUCGCAGAGCCUGUGAUGCAGCUUUACACCGAGACAACUGAUGGAUCAACAAUUGAAGACAAGGAGACAGCUCUUGUUUGGAGCUUUGAGGAUGCCGACCCAGAUUUCGGCUCAUGCCAGGCUAAGGAACUUCUUGAUCAUCUUGAAAGUGUUCUUGCCAAUGAACCAGUCACAGUCAAACGAGGACAAACUUUCGUGGAGGUCAAACCACAGGGUGUGAACAAAGGUCUUAUAGCGGGAAGGUUGCUUUCGACAAUGCAAGGAAGAGGAACAUUGCCCGACUUUGUUCUGUGCAUAGGAGAUGACCGGUCUGAUGAGGACAUGUUUGAGGUGAUCACUACCUCCAUUGAAGGCCCUUCUAUUGCCCCAAAUGCCGAAGUAUUUGCUUGUACUGUCGGUCAGAAGCCCAGCAAGGCCAAGUACUACUUAGAUGACACGACAGAGAUUGUCAGGUUAAUGCAAGGGUUGGCUUCAGUUUCAGACGAGUUUGCUCCCAUCUAAAAUUACAACGGAGGAAGCAAAAAGCAAAAACGUUUUUCCCCUUGUCUCCAUCACCAGUUCCUCUCGUGUUUCUUGAAGUACUAUAGAGAGUGUAAUCAAGAGAUGCUGUAUUAUGUAUGCUUUUAUUCUGAUAUUGCGAGCUAUAGCUCGUAAAGAGCUCGGUUCCAUA